AUGUGCUUCGAGGAGCCCAGAGGUGAGGGAGCGAGGCCGACCCUGAAGCGUUGGAAUAUGGACCAGUGGUGCUCGCUGGACGGGCGACUCGGUGAGUCAGUUGAACAGUGAGUAAUAUGUAUGACUACUAUAGUUGAUUUACUGAAACAAAGCGGUUACGUCAUAUUUAGUAAAUU